AUGCAAUUUGAUCCAAGAACUGUCCACAAUUCCAACCUGAUUUCCACAGGCACUGUCGUGGACAUGGGAUCACUAGCACCAGACUCACGUGGGCGAUCUUACACCCUAGAUACCCUCAAUAUCAGCUCCAUUGAAAGCAGACGAGAACAUGGUCAUAAUGACGAAGAUCCCACCACCAACGUUGAAUCUGCUACCUGGCUCUUCAGCGACCUCUUGCAAAGCAUCUCUAUCCGCGAUAAGGACGAUAUCCACCUUCUUGUCUCCAAGAGCAACGAAUUGGUAUCGCUUUUGCGAGCAAAUCCAUCAUUGAAGCAUGAGAUCGUGAUUGAGAAUGUCAUCAGUAAGGUCCAGUUCAUGCUUUAUGACCAAAACUCCCAACUACGAUGUGCUGCUUAUAGAAUUCUUCGGCAUUCUACCGCUGGUCAGGAUGGCUUGCAAUGCUUAGUUCGGGUCAAGCUUCUUAUCUUUAUCAUUGUGACCUUCUCUACACCUUCUCCACUUCUCGAGAAAGAAGAGGCGUUGAAAAUGGUCCGUCACUUCAUGGAUAUCCCUGAUGGUGCCAACUACCUUUCUAUCGGUAUCAUUAAAGCAUUGGUUGCAUUGGUUGAGCAUGAGAACGAGGAGUCGCAAGAAUUGUCCGAGACAAUAUCAUCCGAGUUCCAUGUUCCUGCCCCAUUUUCCCGUUUAUGUAUUGAAACUAUCUGUGAGCUUGCAUCUUUCAAGCCAGACAUUGUUUUCCAUGGUGGUGGUCUACGACUCUUGAUUACAUUGAUCAUCAAUGCUUCCUCAGAUAUUGCUGCAUCAUGCAUUAUUGCUCUCCUAUCUCUUUUAGAUAGACCUAAUGCUAGACUCUUCUUGAGGAAUGGCUUUGAUUUGGACUCCUUGAUCUCAGUGUAUUCUCUUUUUGAGGACAACGACGAAGGCAAAACUCCUAGCUCCAAAAAGUACUAUAACCGAGCACUCAAGAUUUCAUUUCUCCUUUCCCUUUUUCUCAAGUCAUGGACGGGAAUCAUUUGCUUCUCGCAUAAUAAGUUUGAUGCUCUCAAGCUUCUAUUGUCUAACCUUCGAAAGAAGAAUAACAAGCUUCGAAGUAUGAUUUUGGAUUUACUCCUCGACAUUUUGCGCAUCAAGGCAUUGCCGUGGCUAGAGAACUCAUCUGUGGGAGAAGCCUUGUCUAAGUUCAUGAGCCAAAUUACUUGCUCUCCUGAGCACCAGAUGACGUACGAGUACUCUUCAAUUGAUUCUCAGAGUUUCGAGUUCUCUAUUGUUUCACAUUAUCAAGGUUUGCUAUCAAAAGUCUUAUUUAACUGUGACGUCAUGCCUUUACUAUUUGAUAUUAUCAAUGAGAACAGAGACGAGGAGAUCACCAUGAAAGCAACGUAUUUCUUAACGCAUGUUGUCAAUUUAUCAGUGAAUCUCCUACCACGAGACUUUUACAACACCCAUAUCAUUGACGCGUUGGUACGUCCAAUGACAUUGAACUCCAUCAGUAAGAUUGAGGUGGCUACCAAGUCACAACAAAUAAGUGAGCCAAUUGCUAAGAAAAGUGAGAUCAAAAACAUCGUAAAGGAUAUUACAAUCGAAUCCAGGCUAUACAUGGAUGAUGUAUCUUUCAAAACUCUAAUUGCAAACACGAAAGUAUUGGCUGUUAAAGAAUUUGAUGAAUGGAAUUGGACCUACAUCUCGCAGCUAUGUCAGGGCCCCUUGAGAAAUCCAAAGCGGUUCGCUGAGAUUCAAGAGAAGUAUCCUAAAUUCUUGAAGACCAUAUUAUCAUUCUUCAGGCCAUUCAAAUAUCGCUUCAGCAAUCUUCCACUUCACGCAUCUACUCGAUUUCCAAAGUUGAAAAAUCCAAAGAAGAUUAUUUUAAUUGGUUGUCAAAUUUUCGAGUCGCUCCUAAGUUUCGAAGAUGGUUACAAAUUUUUAGUGGCAAAUAAGAUUAUGCCCCAAAUCGCGGAGACUUUUGCUCAAGUUGAUCCAUUCAGUGGUAUUCAAUCGAAUGAUGCCAUUCUUUCUCGAAAACGGUUAGAAAAUACUCUUAGCAUCGGGUAUGUUAAGUUUAUUGGUGUAUUUUCUGGCUGCCAGAAUGGAAUCCGCAUUUUGGAACAAUGGCAGAUCUUCCAAAUCACCAACAAUAUUGUGGAGGCAAGCAAUUGGAACGAUGAUAAUAAUCAUUUGAUUUUCAACUUGUUCAAUAAUUUGGAUUUCACAAACGAUAGUCCUUUCACUAUUCUUUUGUCCAAAGCUUUGAAUGUGUCUAACUGGAAGGUCAAGGUGUUUCUAUUGGAUAACGUGCUCCCUAAAUUAUUGAAGAACGAAGAAACUGAGCGUCUUUGCAUUUCCAAUCUUGUUUCGUUGCUCUAUGAUGAAAUUGAUGUGGUUGUGGAGAUGGCAGUUGACAUGUUGCACAAUUUUUACAUUGUCAAGAACAAGCUCGAGAGGAUCGAUUUGCUCAUUGGCUACAAGCCUUCAAUUCGGAUACUUUCAGAUUAUGAAAGUGGGCGCGAGUUACUCUUGAACUUUUGUAAAACGUCAAUUGGCUUUCGUUUCCUUCAUAAAAGUGGAUUUAUUGAGUCCAGCUUUAAUAAAAGCAUAAAGGACCUUCAAGAAUUUGAGUACCUCAAUUCCAUUGAAACAUCUCUCAGGGUGCUAUUUUAUCCCUACUUUUCAAGAACUGCUGAUGUGAAGACAGGUCACAAGAACAACUUGCAUCAUUUUUUUAACUACUUGCUUUCCACUGAAGAAGGGUUCAAUUACUUCAAUAGCAGAAGAUCAUAUGUGGACGACGCAAUAUUUCGAAUUCAAGGAAUUUGUCGAAGAUUGGAUUUGCUAGAGAGCUACCAGGAAGGGCAUGAUCAUUCUGGUUUCAACGUUCUGGCUACUUUUGAUCCCGAAAUAUUUGAUGACCUGAUGGCUACUGAAGAGAGGACCAUGGUGAAGCUGCAAUAUUCUAGUGACACUUACCUUGGUAAUAGUCUUAAUAACCUGGACGAUAUCGCAGUAGAGUCACCAGGAGCACCGAUUCGAAUGUCCCUCGCCAUUCCGGAAUUUGAAACCACUGAUGAUGAAGAAGAGUUUUAUUUAAGAAAGUUGAAACAGUACUUGUGGGUUAUGGGUGAAAUUGCUUCAGCGAACUAUGGUAUUCAGAUUCUUGAUCCGAUUUAUAGCUCCAAUUUGCGAAGUGAGCAUAUUGUUGAAACUAUUUAUCAACUAUUUAUGAAGUCUGCUAAUUGGCAGCUUCGAGGAUUAGCAUUUUACCAACUUGGAAAAAUCGCCUCAACACUCGAAGGUGUUGAGAUGCUAGAUGAUUUGCAGUGGAUGUCCGUGGACUGCGUCAAUGGAUUCCAGUCACUUUCCCUUGCAUACCCAAAGGCAAUGCAAAAUGAUGACUUCUUCAAUGUUGAAAUCUUGAAUCCAUAUAAGGACGCGAGCUAUUUCACUCUUUUCGGAAACAGUGAAAUGAUUGCAGUGAAUGGCCAAUUGGAUUUAGAGGACGAGAUAGUCAUUGAAACCUAUGAGGAGCUCGAUUCCAAAGUAUUGGCUCUCAUCAACUAUUUGAGCUCGGUAUUGAGCAGAAUUGAAAGGAAGGCCAAGAAAGACUUGAACAGAAUCAAGGCUGAGAAACCACAGAUUUUCGGGAACUGCAAUCUUUUCUUGAAAGUCAUCAGGUUGAUCGACAAGGGUAAGUUCAGUUACAGAACUAGGAUAUUCAUUUUCCAUUUAUUCAACACCUCUAGGGUUUUGGAAAGUUUGACCAAGAGAGACCGCAAGAAUUCCAACAUCAGGAAAUAG